GCUGCUGCUGCUGACAGAGCCUCUAGAGGCGGAGGAGGAGGAGGCGGAGGCCGGGGAACGGGAUUAAUGGAGCUCCCAGGGCGGUCGUGGCGGGGCUGAGGCCUGCCUCCCAACCCUUGUCCCCGGAGGAGGAGGAGGAGGAGGAAGCCAGGGCGCCUGACGGCCGGGAAGAAGGACGGACCGCCUCCGCCCAGGGCUCGCCUUCCCCCCAGCCCCCAGCCCUUGGAGCGGCCCUCCGGAGGCAGGUGUCAAAGCCAUUGUGGUGUAGUCGUUUGAGCAUGAGUUAGGACUCUGGAGAUCAGUGUUUGAUUCUGCGCUCGGCCAUGGAAUGCCACUGAUUGACCUUGGAUGAGUCAUAUACUCUGAAUCCCAGAAACUCCUGAGAAUAGACAAUGGGGUGUAUUAAAAGUAAAGAAGAUAAAGGUCCUACCUUGAAGUAUAGGACUGAGAAUACUCCAGAAUCUAUUACAUCUCAAGCCAGCCAUUAUGGAUCUGAUUCAGCACAAACAACCCAAUCACCUGCAAUAAAGGGAUCCUCCGUUAAUUUUAACAGCCAUUCCAUGACUCCUUUUGGUGGGCCAUCUGCUGUGACACCUUUUGGAGGAGCAACUUCCUCAUUUCCAUCUGUGCCAUGCCCAUACCCUAGUGGCUUAACAGGUGGUGUUACUGUUUUUGUGGCCUUAUAUGACUAUGAAGCCAGAACUACAGAUGACCUUUCCUUCAAGAAGGGUGAACGGUUCCAAAUAAUCAAUAACACGGAAGGAGAUUGGUGGGAAGCAAGAUCUAUUGCAACAGGAAAAAGUGGCUACAUUCCUAGCAAUUACGUAGCUCCUGCAGACUCCAUUCAGGCAGAAGAAUGGUAUUUUGGCAAGAUGGGCAGGAAAGAUGCAGAAAGGUUACUUUUAAAUCCCGGGAACCAGCGUGGUAUUUUCCUAGUUCGAGAGAGUGAAACCACAAAAGGUGCUUACUCUCUCUCAAUACGUGACUGGGAUGAGAUUAGAGGCGAUAAUGUGAAACACUACAAAAUUAGAAAACUUGACAAUGGUGGAUACUACAUAACAACUCGAGCACAGUUUGAAUCUUUACAAAAGCUUGUUAAACACUACACAGAUCAUGCUGAUGGCUUGUGCCAUAAAUUAACAACAGUGUGUCCAACUGUGAAACCUCAGACACAGGGUUUAGCAAAAGAUGCCUGGGAAAUUCCUAGAGAAUCAUUACGGUUAGAAGUUAAGCUUGGCCAGGGAUGCUUUGGUGAAGUAUGGAUGGGAACAUGGAAUGGAACUACAAAAGUAGCGAUCAAGACACUAAAACCUGGUACAAUGAUGCCAGAAGCUUUCCUACAAGAAGCCCAAAUCAUGAAGAAAUUAAGGCAUGAUAAACUAGUUCCGCUAUAUGCUGUCGUGUCUGAGGAACCAAUCUACAUAGUCACUGAAUUCAUGACAAAAGGUACAUGCUUCUUCUUGGACAUAAAUCAAAGAUCUGAAGACAGUAAUGUUUUGUGAGGUACAUUGUUUAGU